CGAAGUUAGUAGCAGUACAAAAUUCCAAACUCGAUAUUUUGGGCAGCCACAGAUUUAGCCGCUAAAUUUCCUUGGCAGAUAAUAACAAAUACAACACGAAGCUCGUGGUUACAGUUACCUCCCGGAGAUUCAAAUCAGAAUCUCUUUGCUCUCUCACUCUCAACUAACAAUUCAAAAAUGGCCACCACUACUCUCUCGCGUCAUCUUCUCUGUCUCUACUCUUCCUCUAAACGAACCAAUUCAUCUCGUUCCAGAAACUUCACCUGCUCAGUUCGAUACAAAACCGUCCUCAAAUCAUCACUUCACGAGAAAGACACCACCACUACCGCCACUUCUGUUGAAACUUCACCGCAAAAACUAACUCCUAAAGAGAUAGAUAAACCCGAACCGAACCGAUUGGCUUCAGCCGAUUCGUUUUCUGUUUUCCUCAGCAGUUGGAGAGAUGGAUUUAAGCUUGAUGAAUUGGGAAUGGAGAUAUGGUCUAUUGCAUUGCCUGCUGCGUUGGCUUUGGCUGCUGAUCCGAUUGCUUCACUUGUCGAUACAGCCUUUGUUGGUCAUUUAGGAUCGGUUGAAUUGGCGGCAGUUGGGGUUUCAGUUUCUGUGUUUAAUCUAGUGUCAAAACUGUUCAAUGUUCCAUUGCUAAACAUAACGACAUCCUUUGUUGCUGAAGAGCAGGCAUUAAAUAAUCAGGGCAACGGUGGUACUAGCCAACUUGGUGAUGAUUAUGGUGUCGAGCAACAAGGCAAGAAACAGCUUCCUUCAGUAUCGACUUCUUUAGCACUUGCUGCAGGCCUUGGCAUUGCAGAAGCUGUUGUACUCUCUUUUGGCUCAGGUUUCUUAAUGAAUAUCAUGGGUAUUCCUGUCGAUUCACCGAUGCGAGUACCAGCCGAGAAUUUUCUUGCCUCAAGGGCCUUUGGUGCUCCACCCAUUGUAAUUGCACUUGCUGCACAAGGUGCUUUUCGUGGAUUUAUGGAUACAAAGACACCUUUAUAUGCCACUGGGGCUGGCAAUUUACUGAAUGCAAUCUUGGAUCCGAUUUUGAUAUUUUUCUUUCAUUUUGGCAUUGGUGGAGCUGCUAUUGCCACUGUGAUUUCUGAAUAUUUGAUUGCUUUUAUCCUUCUGUGGGAAUUGAAUGGCAAAGUAUCAUUAAUGUCCCUGGAUAUUGAUGGCGGAAGAUUAGUCCGUUACCUGAAAUCUGGUGGUCUUCUGAUCGGCAGGACAAUAGCAGUGCUUCUGACCAUGACACUGGCAACAUCCAUGGCAGCUAGGGAGGGCCCCGUACCAAUGGCUGGUUAUCAAAUUUGUGUACAACUCUGGUUGACAGUAUCUUUGCUUACUGAUGCACUAGCACUGGCCGGUCAGGCUCUACUUGCCACUGGUUACUCUCAAGGAAAUUAUCAAGGAGCACGCCAAGUGGUUUACAGACUUAUACAGAUUGGUUUGGUAACAGGAAUAGGUUUGGCUGUUAUUUUAUUCCUUGGAUUUGGAGCAUUUUCUCGUUUAUUCAGCACAGAUUCAGAAGUUCUGGAUAUUGCCUGGUCCGGUAUUUUGUUUGUUGCUGGAUCUCAGCCAGUGAAUGCUCUUGCCUUUGUCCUGGAUGGGCUCUACUAUGGGGUUUCCGACUAUGAAUAUGCUGCUUACUCUAUGGUACUGGUCGCAUUGAUCUCAUCAGGUUUCGUUCUUGUGGCUGCUCCUGUAUUUGGUCUUCCUGGUGUCUGGACUGGGUUAUUUCUAUUCAUGACCUUGCGUGUAGCAUUUGGAAUUUGGAGGUUGAGCACAAAAAGUGGACCAUGGAAAUUGGUGUGGUCCGAGAUGGAGCAGUGAAUCUUGCUAAUUUAUUGACAUUUCUACUGUCUUCUAAAGAUGUUCAAACAGUUGAAUUCCAUCUGGCCAAAUCACACGCAAGUGCUUCAAGUAUUAACUCCAAUUGGUUAAAUCACGAAGCUGCACCAAUGCUUUAGUCAUAUCAGAAUCAAAUCACUGUAUCUGAAAAUCUACACUAUUGCUGCCAAACUGAUUCAUUGAGGUGAGUAAAUUUCUAAAAGCUACAACAUCUUAUAUAACAUACCACCAAUCUUCCUAAAUAGAAUGCUAGUACGACUGUUGGAUAUAGUAUUUGGUGGUAAGGCAAGGAAUUUAGAAGCAAAAUAGUUUCCCUUCCCGGCUCUGCCAACAUGAAUCAGGUGUAUGUUAUUGAUAGGUUUUUUUUCCCUAAUUGUAUCUCAAACAUCUAAGAAGUUUAUUUUACACAGCCGUCAUUGUUGCUUGAUGUUCU